AGGGAGGGAGUCCACAUAGCAAACUCCUUACCGGAGGAGCGGCGGCUUCUCUGCUCCUAACUCCCCGCUCACCCUGUGUUGUCCGACGGGUUUGCUGCCUGACACCGAGCGGGACUAGAGGAAAGCUGGAUAAUACAGCAGUAGCUGGCGGAGAUAUGGACGCUGACCGGGAUUUGGGGGUCGCUGCGCCUCGCUGAACGUUUGGAGACGCCCUCCGGCGGCGGUUGUGGCCGGGGUUAGCAAGCGCACGGCUGCCCGGAAAGAGGCCGACGCCGCAGCAGCAGCAGCACCGGGUGUGGGGAUUUAACCAUCUUCGUCCUGCCUUUCCACCGAUCCCACAAAAUAACGCCAACAGUGAGGUGACAUUUAUGUGUUCCGGGUAAGAAUGGAGUCCAGUUUGGGGAUAUGCAACGAGGAAUGCUUGGCAACUGUCAGAGGCCAGGAGCUGAGGUCUGGCCAGAGGGAGCCCAGACUGCUUACUCUAAUUGAACGCAGUGGAGAGUUUAUAUUGGUUGUUUUGGCCAACCCUGAUGCUGUCGUGUCUCGUCCAGUGGCCCAGUUAUCCAUACCUGUAAACCAUAAAUUUCAAAUUAUACGAGAAGCUGAAGAGGCUCUCCUCAUCGACUUCUCUGACGAUCCGUCUGUUAAAAUACGAAUCAAAGGAGAAAAGGCUCCAGAGCUGGUGCUGGAACUCCAAGAUGAUGAGCGGACUCAGACGUUCCUAAUCCAGGUGAAAAGCGCUCAAGAGCAAGUUGCAACCAGACUCAGUAAACCUAAAGCGAUGGAGCCCCUCACACCAGCAGCUUACAGAGCUCCCGUCCCCAUCCCACCACAAAGGGCGACCAAGACUGCUAGCGGAGAGAACCAAGCCAAACCCCUCAAAGCGCCAAUGUCCAACCUCAACAGCACAGCAGCAAAUCACAAUGCCACAGAAUAUGGAUUUAGCGACAGUUUAAAGAACACCAUUAAAGCGGAAGAGAAGAAGAAUCAGCAGAAUCGCAUUGUUGCCUCCAGGGAGCCGCCUCCUAUUCCCACACUACCUCCGCGCAAAGCCUCCAUCCCUCCAUCAACUCCUCUUCCUCCUGCACCAAUCCCCAAAGAAGCAGUUGCACCCUUGCAGGCCAGAGGCAGCUCUGCUAUACCGAACACUAAGCAAGAUUAUAGGUCUGAGUUUGACUACACGGACAGGCCGACGUCUUGGCCUGAGAGUCCAACUACCAACAGUAUGAGACAGAGCAUGUUCUCCAGCGAGGCCGGGCAAAGAGAGUACCUCAUUAAACACCGCCUGGGGAAGAAGGAGAAGGAGUAUGUGGACAUCCAGCCCUUCAGUUUCUUUAUAGGAACCUGGAAUGUGAACGGACAGUCUCCAGACAGCAGUCUUGAGCCCUGGCUCUGCUGUGACCCCGAUCCUCCUGAUAUUUAUGCCAUUGGUUUUCAAGAAUUGGACCUGAGCACGGAGGCGUUUUUCUACAUGGACUCUUCCAAAGAGCAGGUCUGGGUCGAAGCUGUGGAGAGGAACUUGCAUAGAAAGGCCGACUACAAAAAGAUUCGGACGAUCCGGCUUGUUGGGAUGAUGCUUGUGGUCUUCGUCAAAAAGAAGCACAAGAAGUACAUUAAGGAGUUGGCCGCAGAGCACGUGGGGACAGGAAUCAUGGGGAAAAUGGGGAACAAAGGAGGCGUCGCUGUUAGGUUCGUGUUCCACAACACCAGCUUCUGCAUCGUCAACUGCCACCUGGCGGCCCACACAGAAGACUUUGAGCGCAGGAAUCAGGACUACAGAGACAUCUGUGCCCGUAUGACCUUCCACUUACUGGACUACCCUCCUCUGAGUAUCGUCAAACACGAUGUAGUAAUCUGGCUUGGAGACCUAAACUACCGUCUCUUCCUGUACGAUGCAGCAGAAGUCAAACAUCUCAUUGCUGAGAAUGCGCUAAAGAAGCUGCAGGAGUUUGAUCAGCUGAACAUUCAGAGGCAGACCAAAAGGGCCUUCUCAGACUUCAUGGAGGGAGAAAUCAACUUCAUUCCCACAUACAAGUAUGACACCAAAACGGAUCGAUGGGACUCGAGUGGGAAGUGCCGGAUCCCUGCAUGGUGUGAUAGGAUUCUUUGGAGGGGAGGCAACGUCCAGCAGCUUAAAUACAGGAGUCACAUGCAGAUGAAAACGAGUGACCACAAGCCUGUCAGCUCUCUCUUCAAAAUUGGGGUGAAAGUUGUUGAUGAGCAGCGGCAAAAAAGGGUGUUUGAGGAUAUUGUUCGAGCCAUGGACCGAAUGGAGAAUGACUGCCUUCCUUCUGUAUCUCUGAGCAGGAUAGAUUUCACGUUUAAGGAUGUCAAAUUCCGGCAGCUUCAGAAGGAGCGCUUCCUUAUUAAAAACGAUGGGCAGGUACCAUGUCACUUUGCCUUCAUCCCCAAACCAAACGAUCCGAACUAUUGCAAGCCGUGGCUCCGUGCCGAACCAAACGAGGGGUUCUUGGAACCAAGUGAGACCCUGGAAAUCUAUCUGGAGGUGUAUGUAAGUAAGGACGCUGUCACCCUGCUAAACUCUGGACAAGACACUAUUUACGACAUCCUGGUGCUCCAUUUGGACCGCGGCAAAGACUACUUCAUCACCAUCUCCGGGAACUACCUGUCCAGCUGCUUUGGCACUUCACUGGAGACUCUGUGUCGCAUAAAGAAGCCGGUCAGAGAGGUGACCAAUCUCAUUGACCUGGGAGAGGACAGCGGUACAGAGAAGGAAAAGUCAGUGAUGAACCUUCUGUUGGUGGAUGGAGGAAAUCCGGAAGAUAAACCUCUGAAGAUCCCUAAAGAGGUGUGGAUCCUGGUCAACCACCUCUUCACCAAAUCCUGCGAUCAGGAGGACUUGUUCCAGACACCAGGUCUACAGGAGGAGCUGCAGAGCAUCAUUGACUGUCUGGACACCAGCAUCCCGGAGUCGCUACCUGGUUGUAACCACUCUGUAGCUGAAGCUCUGCUGAUCUUUUUGGAGGCCUUGCCGGAGCCGGUGGUGUGUUAUGAACUCUACCAACGGUGCCUUGACAGCGCUCAUGACAGCCGCCUCUGCAAGCAGUUGAUUUCCCAGCUGCCCCGGGCUCAUCGAAAUGUUUUUCGCUACUUGAUGUCUUUUCUGAAAGAGCUGCUGAAGCACUCGAACAACAACAACCUAACAGCUAACCUCAUAGCUACCCUCUUUGCCAGCCUCCUCAUCCGACCGCCGCCCAGCAUGACCAGCAGGCAGACGGGACACGAAAGGCAGAAAGCCAUCAACUUCAUCCUGGGUUUCCUCAUGUCGGCAGACGAGGACUAACCGAGGGAUCCUCGCUGCGUCGGCGCUCAACUCGGUGCAAUCGACCCAGACCCGCAUCACACCGUGUUACUGAUCCACCUUUUUAUUUCUGUCAUCCGCUGGAGACAAGGCGGGGCCUCUCUGCUCCACACCUUCCUAGGAUGAUCUGAGCAGGGGUCAUGUCUUCUGUUCACACACGGUGAUGGAUGUGGAAGCUUUUUGGGAGAGGUUUGAACCGACGCCCCCUGCACUUUGUAACGACCCCCAGCAGAGACUGGUCCUGGUCGGGUCUGCUGAAGCUCACCGGAGGGGCUCACGCCAAAAUCAACGAGUGAAUGUGGAAACACUAUGUGUACAUAGGGAAGGACUCACACUAAAGACGGGAGUGCUGCUUCCUGCCGUGGCUGAGACUGAAUCCUGCUUUUAUAGGGCAUAUAGUUGCAUCAUUUAGUUUGAAAUGGGAUAAUUAUAGAAGUCAGUUAUGAAGAAUGUUUAUGCUUAAGAUAAGUAAAUGACAAUCAUUUGUUUUUGCUGCAUUUUAGCUGAGGAGACAAUUGAAUUUAUUAACUAACAUACCUGUUGUAUUUUAUCUGUUAUUUAUACGUUUAUUUCUGAGUUUGCACCUUUUUUUUUUUUUUCUUUUUACUGCCGUUUGGUUUACUUUUAUACCUGCAUUGCAGAGAACGGCGUAUUGUUGCCGUGUUUCUCUCCAACCACAGUUUGUCCUCCUUACCUUCAGUUCUGUCAGAUUGACAGAACCAGUUUAUCACACUAACUUCCUGGCCGGGUGCAGAUCUGCCCCCCCCCCCCCCCCACACCCCCCCACCGGGGUGUUUGACGUGUCGUAACAGUGUAAAUAGGGACGGUUUUGGGGUUUCACGCGUUGUCGGACUGUCCGGUGGUGAGAUUCUGUGACGUCGUGGUACUGUUUAUAUCUGCGUUUGUUUACAUGUGUCCUCCUUGCCCCCCCCCAACGUGUCUAAUACCGUAGUUGUAUUGAGUGUUUGCUGUGUUAAGCUCUUCUAAGUGCUGCAGCGUUUUCCUGGGGAGCAGACAUACCAAGGUUUAAUGGCUCAUCGCGGUGCAGUUUUAAGCAGCUGUGCCGCAGAAUUUAUUUUUUCCUCCUCCCCCCGUUUCCUACUCUUGCAUAACCCGGGGUUAUAGAAAUAAGGAACUUUUUCCCCCCACUCUUCAUUCAAUGUUUCCUCUUUAACGGUUUCUCUCGACAUGCGUCAGCUUUAGUUUUUCAUAAUCAUGGCGCUCGUCUCCUCUGAUCGGUGUCUUGCGUAACCGCGCUGGUACCAGGAAGGCCCAACACGAGGUUACAGGAAAACGGAACAUGUUAAGCUACAGGGAGACGAUGUGAAUAUACACUUAAAGGGUGAAAAAAAAAAAAGCAGGCAGUUAUUAUUGGGGAGACUAAUGUGAGUUUUGCCAAACAGUCACUUGUGCUUGAGAGGGGGAAAGUUAUUUGAAACAAUUUACCGUUUCUUUAGAAAGACAGCGUAAUCAGAAAUAUAAAACUUUACAUGCGACUGUAGCAUUAACUGACGUCAUCACUGUCCAUUUUUUCUUAUUUCAUAAAUCUAUGGUACAUUUAACAGCAACUCUAAUGUUAUUUUGGGUACUUUCUAAUUUAUUUAAAAGGAAUAAAACUACGUGAAAGUUCA